CUUUCCCCACCCUAGAGGAGUUUGCAUUGUCACUUCAGUGGGUCUCAAAAUGGCGGCCGCAAGAGAAUGUUUACCUGCAAAUGAGAAAAUUCAUAAAUUAGCAGAACAUGCUAGCCAUGUGGAUGUAGAUAGCAAUAUCCCGCCUAAAAGAUACUUCAGGUCCGGCGUAGAACUUGAAAGAAUGGCAAAGAUAUACCAAGAUGAGAGAAAUUAUGAAAGUGCAUUUAUUUUGUACACAAAAUAUAUCACGUUAUUUGUUGAAAAACUGCCUCAACAUCCAGAAUAUGCUAGUGUCACAAAACAAGACAAAGCGUUAACCAUGAAGAAACUUCCUAAAAUAUUUGCAAUAGCAGAAGAAUUAAAACGAAUACUAACACAACGAUAUGAAGAGGAAUACAAGACAUGGCAAGAGAUAAAGCAGAAACAGAAAGAGCAAGAAGAGCUUAUCAAAAAGGAGCAAGAACGAAUUAAGGAGCAGGAAAGGAAACGCGCUGAGCAACAACUAGUGAGGGAAUUAGAGGAGCGUGAGAAUUCUGCAUCUGUGACUGUGACGCCUAGUGCCCCACCCCCUCCAUUAGAUGGGCCACUUUCCUCUACGCUCAUCGGGGACUACCCUGCCCCACCCACGCUGAGGACCAUAAAUAGUAAUAGCACCAUAACUGGCGAUAACACCAGGAGUCACACAACCCCUAAUGAGACUUUUGUUGUUGAGCCACCUUCACCGUCUUAUGCGUCACUUUUCUCUGUCAUCACUGAUGCACCAUCUGUGGAUAGAUCUACCAAGCCUUGUGAUGCUACCAGCGGCACACCAACUGUACAUGGACUGCGUAGAGUGUCUGUUCCAUCUUCUCUUGUCAGCCGCUUCCUAGAGAUUGCCUCACAUAACACUAGACGGAAUAUGGAAACCUGUGGCAUCCUAACUGGAAGUCUGCAACAGAACCAGUUUUGUAUUACCCACCUUGUGAUUCCAAAGCAAACUUCUACAACAGAUUCCUGUACAACACUGAGUGAGGAAGACAUGUUUGAGUAUCAGGACUCACACAAUCUCAUCACGCUAGGCUGGAUUCAUACCCACCCAACACAGACGGCUUUCAUGUCCAGUGUUGACCUUCACACUCACUGCUCUUACCAACUCAUGAUGCCGGAGGCCAUUGCCAUUGUCUGUUCUCCGAAGUAUAAUGAGACGGGUGUAUUUACUCUGACCCAGAACUAUGGACUGCAGUUUGUGGCUUCCUGUAAAAAGCAUGGAUUUCACCCCCAUCCCAAAGAGCCACCAUUAUACCAGGAAUGUGAGCAUGUAGUUUGGGACAAAACAGCAAGAAUUGAAGUAGGAGAUCUUCGAUGAUAGUCUAUCCGUGAUGUCCAGUAGAUACUUUAGCAUAGCUUGUAUUGUAAAUGCGUUCCUUGAUCAAUCAUUAUUAUCACGCAUUGAUUUGUUCAGAUGUCAAAAUCCUCCAUUUGCUAAUAUCAGCGCAUUGUAUUGUGAAUGCCUACUGCGUAGGACAGAUCAAACAAGAUGAUUUAGUGGUUAAUACUUUGAAUCAAGAAUGCCAAUCAAUCCUUAAAUGGUCCCUUGCUAGCUGACACAUGAUAAUGAUUGUUGAAAAAGAGUCGUGCGCUACGUCAAUUAGGCCAAAAUAGGCGGAAAUAAAUUGAGUGCGGAAGAUUUUCCACUUUGAUAUAAAAGAAAUAGCGGUUUUAGGGAAUCGCUUUGUAGAUUUUCCUUUUUGUAAUUAUUUUAGAAAUAAAUGAGCACAUAUGAAAUAAUAAUAACAUACAUUUAUCAUAAAACUGUUGAUUUUGCGAGGAUUUUCGAAAAGAUUAAGGUCUUGAUAAUUUUAUGCCAUGUUCGAGAUAUUGAGGUUUUCACGUGAUUUUUCCAAAUCGACCUUAGACAAGAUUCGUUUUAUCGAGGUCUUGAUUUAUUAUCAAUGACGUUACCAGUUAGCAGGUGUGAGGAGUAAAGAUCACUGUGCGGUCAAAAACUCACAAGACAGGCUUACAUCACAGCUCUUCUAGUCCAUGUGGGUUACAGAAAGAGCGAAGAGUGCGAUGCAACUGGAGAAAGGCAAGAUAUUGUGGCGAGCGUCGGUUUUUUUAUUUCUUUUUCAGGUUGUGUUCCUAACCGCCACCUCAAAACCUCAUCAUCACAAAAGGCACGCGAAGCCAAAAGCAACACUGUCAUCCAUUUGUGGACAAGUAGGAGAGCCCGAGACAAACGUGACGCUCAUGUACGGGCUGGAGGGCCCAAAGGUCGAGCGUUUCAUGCUUGGACACUUCCGCAAUGACCCGCUAAAUAGUUGCGUGGAAGCCGCUUGCAAGAGAGAGAAUGUGUCCGUCGCUUACACAUCAAGAUAUGAUUGUUAUGGUUUAGUUUGUCACGGGGAGGAGGAAGUUUGCUGGUUUUUGCCAAGUUUUGACAACCCUUCUCUAGUAUUUGCGCGACUACAGAGGGGCGCUAAUCCAGUCAAGGUGGCCGAUAAGCGACACAAGAAGCAUAAGAAACAUAGGGGUUGAUUUCAUCUUUUGAACUAAGAAUAAUAUUGUUUUGAUUUGGGCUUGUCAGUGGAGGGAUACCGCGUUUUCGACUUGUUGCUGGCUAAAAGUUGAAAUACAUCAUGAAUGACACGAGCCUGUUCAGCGGUUUGCGGGGACGCAUUUUGAAAGCGCCGCGAAGGCGGCUUUGAAAACGGGAACGUUAGAACAAGGACUCAGUCACCUUUUCCCUUCCUUAUACGCUCGAUUUGCAUCCUAUGAUAGAUAGUUAGCUUGAUUUUAAUCCACAAAGAGAUCUACAUGAUGAAUUUAUUAAUUCAUAUAUAGAUAUACAGAUGUAACAGCAGGAACGAAAUAUCGGAAAACCCUCACCACAUUAUACCUGUACUUUUAUGUUUAUACGCCGUGCAUGUGAUUUCCCGAGCAAAACACCUUUUCUACAAUAUUCUCUUGCAAUAUUUAUUAUUAAAUAAAAAUCCCCAGGAGACGCA